AUGGAGUUCCCAGAAAUCAAAGAGGUUUCCCUUCUUGCUUCCAAUAGCAUCUACAUCAACACCUCUUCACAUAGGAUUGAAUACAGUCUUGGAGGCUUGACAGUGUUACAUCUCAGAUACAUCUUUGCUUCUUUCUGCGGCCUCACCUUACUAAUUGGUUUUGCUGGCAACUUGUUCAUGUUGCUGGUCCUGAUUGAGGGUUUCCAGAGAGGCAGCAAUAGCUCCAUCUCCAUGAUGACCAACACUCUCAUGGUCAACAUCACUGUCUCCGAUCUGAUCUUCCUCCUCUAUAAUGUCACUGUGCUGUUGUUCACUUUUGUCUAUGAGGAUUGGGAUAUGGGUGCCGCUGUGUGCAUAAGCAGUCAGAGCUUUUCUAUGUGGACCAUGUUCUGCAGCUUUUACAGCAUGGUGGCCACCUCCAUCCUACGGUACUUGGCUGUGAUCCACCCAACCUACUCCUUCUCAACAAACAGGCACCAGAGAUUCUUGUUUUGCAUGCUUAUGUGGUUUAUGGGUUUCACUGUCUCCAUCCCCAACUGGAUGCAUCAAGGAGUCAUUGUGAUUGAAGAUGCUAGAUACUGCAUGCUUCUGAUGACCCCAAAGCAAACAUACCUAUAUUUUGUGCUGUUUGGAGGGAUUGCCUUUUUCCCCUUUGUGCUUCUGUUGGUCUUAUGUUAUGGUAGAAUUGUCCAGUCCCUCUGGUGCAGGAGGAGGAUAGUGGUCCAUUCAUCAGUGAGCAUUCAUUUGAACAAGAAGGCUACUGUUAUGAUCCUGACUGUGUUAGCCAUUUUCAUUUUGAUGUGGAUACCAUGUUCAGUGGUGAUCUACCUCUCUGCAACUCAUAGCCUGCCCCAGACUUCUGCAGCAUUUGUGGCCUCCAGUGUAUCCACAGUGUUGGCUUACUCUAACUGCUCAGUGAGCCCCCUCAUCUGCUUCUCCCUUUCUGAUCAGUUUCAUGCUGGCUUGAAAAAGCUGUUUUGCAGGAGAAGCUCCAGAUGA